AUGUCAUGGCUCUAUGCACCACUUGCAACAGCUUGCUUCGACUUGUGCCGGAUCUUCAAUUCCCCUAACGUGGGUUCACCGACAUAUGUAGAUCCAGACCCGCAAUAUUUUUGGUAUGAUAACUAUCACGGAUGGUGUUUCAGACACUCUGAUAACAUAUUCAAGAUACAGAUUGCGGCUUCUGCUGGUUGUGGUCUGUGUACGCUAUUGUUUGAUGCAUUUGAACGCAAAGAAUCAAAGGCAGCACAAGAGGCAGGUGAUCUUCCGAUCAUCCUAGCAGGGGGCCGGACAAUCAAAGAUGAACGGGAUGAUCCUCUUCAGUUUUCGACAUACAUAGAGCCUAAACUAAGGUCCUUCUUUAUGAGCCCCGACCAAGGACUGAUCAGGCUUUGUGAUCUUGACAUUAGCAUUGAUAACGCUUCUGGCGACGUGCCUACAGACCUUCCAUUCGAACCGUUUAGCAAACUGCAUCGCCAUUCUAACGAUCCUGGCUGUGUGACGCUCGCUUCAUUGUGGCUUUCAUCUUGCCUGGAGAAUCACGAUUGCCCAACCCCCAACUUAACAGGUCUAAGUUUGUUAACACGCUUCCUCCAUGUCGGGAACGCGAGCAGAAAUCCACACCUUGUCGAGUUUCCGUCGGGAGCAUCACUGCAGCCGUGGGUUGCUCUAAGCUACCGGUGGGGGGAAAAGGAGCCGUUGUUGAAGUUAAAGAAAGAAACUGAAGGAUCUUUGAAAGCCGGUGUUGAUAUCGGGACUCUGGACGCAACUAUUCGGGAUGCAAUCAUCAUCAGCGGGGGAUUAGGAAUUCAAUAUCUGUGGAUUGAUUCGUUGUGCAUUUUUCAAGACCAGAAGUCGGAUUGGUUGGAACAAUCUUCGCAGAUGAGUUACAUCUAUGGACAGUGGACGGUGACUAUCGCCAGUGUGGACACAAAUGAUGCCUCAGAGAGCUUUCUGAGACCGCGAGAAACGGAGUUCGUUGGAAUCUCUUGGAAAGCGAACCCGAAUCAGGGCGCCAGUGAAGAAUACCGAAACCCGCCGUAG